AUGAGUCUUGCUGAUGGCUACACUGCAUAUGAUUGCCUUCAGUCAUGUGAUGAACCGAAUUCCGAAUGUUUAGAUGUGAAGAAGGGCUCCACUACUGAGUCAAAGGUUGCGCUCACCAAUAAUGAUGCAAAUGCAUACACAUCUUACGCCAGCAACGUUUGCAAAGAAGAUGACGUUGGAUUAGGGAAAACACUGUCGAAGGGCCAGACUAAAGUUAAAGGUCCAAUGAACGUACUUAAAAAUGAUGUAUCGGGCUGUGCAAGUGCUGCGCUAGGAGGGGAAGGAAGACCAAAAAGGAACGUAACCGUUUCAUAUGACUAUCAAUGUACAGAAGAUUUUGAUACGUCUGCAGAUAGCGAUUCCGACUACAUACCACAGAGCUCUGAUGAUGACCUAACAGAACACAAUGAUGAUACUGGUGACAAUGAUUUCGACGAAGAUGUCGAUGAUUAUGUCCAAGAUGAUGUCAAUGAUUAUGUCCAAGAUGAUGUCGAUGAUUAUGUCCAAGAUGAUGUCGAUGAUUAUGUCCAAGAUGAUGUCGAUGGUGGUUUAGAUCGUGGAGUUGGUGGCAGUAAAAGUACUAAAUCCCAGAAAAAGGAAUCGAACAAGAUUGAAACAACCAACAAUAAGGAAUGUCCACAUAUAGAUGAAGCAUACAGACGCCAAAUGAGGAAUGUUUCACUGCCAACGUAUUCUAAAAAGGAAGAUGGGCAUCGGGACUAUCGAAAAACAAACUACUGUUAUUACUGCAAACGUUCAUUCACGUCCAAAAUAGCACCACACUACAUCAGCAUUCAUUCAGACGAAGAACUAGUGAAGAAAAUCAUACUGUCAUCAACGGAAUCAGAACAGAGAAAGACGUUGCUUUUGGAACUUGAAAACAAAGGCAAUUUUGCACAUAACGCGCAGGUAAUCGAAAGGGGCGAGGGAGAAUUGGUUGUCGCGAGAAGACCAAAUAGCAAACAAAAAGAGAAGUAUUCCUCUGCGGACUACUUGCCUUGUGAAUAUUGUUUAGGGUUCUACAACAAAGACACAUUAUGGCUUCAUGUAAAUAACUGUUGCUUGAAGCCCAAGAACAAACAACCUUCAACAAAAAAUUUCCGUCGUGAUGCAAAGGCCAUGUUAUUUCCAUUUAUGAAGGACAUAGACGAAGACGAUGCCCUACUGGAAUCCUUUUUUGAUGGAAUGAAGGAAACUAAUGCUAACCCAGGCGUUCCUCUUCUAUGCAAAAAUGACCCACUUAUACGAGAGUUUGCUAGUUCAAAGUUGUGCCGAUUAGGCGAAAAAAAAGAACAAAGGGUGAAAGACGUUGAUAACGUGCGAACAAAAGUGAGAACAGUUGGUAGGUUACUUAAACAACUACAUCAGAAUAAUGAAGCUAAAAGUCCACUUUCAGAAUUCAUAACUGGGAUGAACUUCAUGAAAGUAUUAAAUGCUACUAAGAACAUAUCAUUGGAAAGCGACUCGCCGCAGUUGGCUCUCACUAUUGGCCACUACAUUAAACACAUCGCAUUGUUGAAAAGCAGCAUAGGGGUCCAGACCGAAGACGAACAAAUGAUCAAAGAAGCACGCCAUUUUACAGAACUAUACAACGCACACUGGAAUGACAGGGUUUCCUGUGUUGCCAAAAGAAGACAGCAAAUGAGACAUAUCAAUAAACCGACAAAGGUACCACUGACGUCCGAUCUUAUAAAAUUAAAAGACUGGCUUCUUCAACAGCUUAGAAAUGUCAUCAAAGUGGAGAAUCCGACGCGAGUACUUUGGGAAAAGGCGGCAAACAUGGCAAUGGUCAGAAUUGCCAUGUUUAAUAAAAGGAGAAUUGCGGAAGUCUCCGAAAUGAAGGUAACCGACUUCACGGAAAUGGAAGCACAGGACGACAUUGAUAGCGAGAUAUACAAUGCACUGGAUAUGUCGGAAAAGAUUCUUUCUAAAAGAAUGAAAGUAAUCGAAGUACGAGGAAAAUCCACGAGGAGCUUACGGAAAGUUUGCGUUCUCCUGACUCCAGACAUGAUUGAUGCUGUGAGAUACUUGUUAAAAACCCGGAACAGCUCAAGCGAGUUUUUGUUUUCGAGACAAAGUGACAACACCCCGUUGGAUGGAUGCACUGCAAUGAGAACAAUAACUAAGGCAUGUCCAGGGCUGCAACAACCCGGUCUGAUCCGUACAAGAGAAAUGCGACGAUAUUUGGCGACUACGGCUCAGAUUCUUGAUAUGACGGGCGCUGAAUUAAAGAUGGUUGCUGAUCACAUGGGGCAUAACAUCAAUAUUCACACUGACGUUUACCGUCUCCAAAGUUCUAUCCUCGAAAAAACUAAAGUAGCGCGGGUGCUGAUAGCGACGGAGAAUGGAAGCAUCAGCAGGUAUCAAGGGAAGAAUCUCCAAGAAAUAUCACUUGAAGAUAUAGCAGAGCCUGUCUCGUUCGAGGACUCUUGGUCAGAAGGGGCAACAGGGACCGGAACUGGCACUGAUGCAGCCGUUACGCUAUCUGGGGACGAAUCCGACGACGAAAUCGAACUGCCGUUGUCGGAACACUCAGAUGAAAACAAGGCGAUCAGUUGCAGUCCUACAAGUUUGAUGUCUAAAGUACAACACCUUAAAGGAAAACAAGUGACUGCAAGAAGUGGAAGAGGGAUGAAGAGGAAGUGGAACGGGGAGGAGAACGAUUUCUUCCUGAACUUCUUUAAAGAAGAAAUAACCCAGAACAAGAUGCCAACUGGAGAGAAAAUUGUAAAGGCUCAGAAAAAGCUUAACCGAACCGUAGCACAAAUACGAACAAGGGUGCAUAAUAUAAUACAUGGGAAGCAGAAAGUAGCAUGAACCAAUGAUUGUUUCAAACAUACAUAAUUGAUGUAAAAUGCUUGCAGGAAGAAUAUUUAAGGUUUUAGAAGGCAUUUCUGUUUUGUUUUAAUGGAUUUAUUCGAAAAUUAUUUAAAAAAAGAUUUUUUUUGCAACAAGGGGUUAUGCACUUAAAAUAAUGUAAUUAAUUUUCUAACAAAAAAAAAACUGGUACCAUGAGUAGCAUGAAACAAAAACUUUUUUAAACAUAAGUAAUUGAUGACAAAUGAGUGCAGAGAUAAUAUGUAGGGUCUAAUAAAGCAUUUUAUGUUUGUUUUAAUAGGUUACUCUGAAAAUUCUAUUUAUCAUGAUUUUUGUUUGCAACA